AUCCCUUGAUCCAUUUCCACAUUUUCCAACACAAGGUCUUGUUUGUUUCAAUAAUAUUGCAUGAGAAAACAAACCCUAAAAGCAUAUCUAUAUUCUAUAUAUACCAAAGCUUGAACAGUCCAAAGAGUGGUCAAAUUAUCUUUCUAUCAUCAUGCCCACUUUACACCUCCUCCUCCUCUCCCUUCUCUGCAUUAUUUCUGUCAAUGCGGCGGCGCCGGCGCCGGCGAAAAAGAUCGGCGACGGCUACCGUCUCACCUCCAUAGAAAAACUGCCAGAUGGAGCCCUAAUUGCUCUUCUUCAAGUCAAUAACAAGACCAAUAUCUACGGUCCAGAUAUCCCCAAUUUACAACUCUAUGUCAAGUACGAAACGAACGAGAGAUUAAGGGUCCACGUCACCGAUGCAGAUAAACCCAGAUGGGAAGUUCCAUACGAUCUUCUUCCCCGUGAACCACCGGUGCCGUUGAAGAAAACAAUCGGACGGUCGAUGAAAAAAACCCAACUUUUAUCACCGUCGGAUGAGUAUUCAAGUUCGGAGUUAAUAUUCAGCUACGUACCAAACCCAUUUGGAUUCGCUGUGAAAAGGAAAUCCGACGGUCAGAUUUUGUUCAAUUCGAGUGCGGAGAAAUCAGACCCGUAUAAUAAUCUCGUGUUUAAAGAUCAAUAUCUCGAGAUAUCUACGAGAUUACCAACUGAUGCUUCUCUUUAUGGACUUGGUGAAAAUACACAACCGAAUGGUAUAAAGUUGAAUCCAAACGAUCCCUAUACACUUUACACAACGGAUGUUUCUGCCAUUAAUUUGAACACCGACUUAUAUGGGUCUCAUCCUGUGUAUAUGGAUUUAAGGAUGGUGGGAAAUGACGCUUUUGCCCAUGCUGUUUUGUUGCUAAACAGUAAUGGUAUGGAUGUUUUCUAUAGAGGGAAUUCAUUGACUUAUAAAGUUAUUGGGGGUGUUUUCGACUUUUACUUCUUUUCGGGACCUACACCUUUGAAUGUUGUUGAUCAGUACACUUCUCUUAUUGGCAGACCUGCCCCUAUGCCUUAUUGGUCCUUGGGAUUCCAUCAAUGUAGGUGGGGAUACCGUAAUUUAUCGGUGGUGGAAGAUGUGGUCGAGAGUUACAAGAAAGCGAAGAUCCCACUCGACGUUAUAUGGAACGACGACGAUCACAUGGAUGCCCACAAGGAUUUUAGUCUCAACGAGACCGCGUAUCCUCGACCAAAACUCUUGGCUUUUCUAGACAAGAUUCAUGCACGAGGGAUGAAGUAUAUUGUCAUAAUUGAUCCCGGAAUUGGUGUUAACAAAAACUAUGGUGUCUACCAAAGGGGUCUUGCUAACGAUGUUUUCAUUAAGUAUCAAGGAAAGCCUUUUCUAGCGCAAGUUUGGCCGGGGGCGGUUAAUUUCCCUGAUUUCCUCAAUCCUAAGACGGUUGAUUGGUGGGUAGAUGAAAUCAAGCGUUUUCAUGAGCUUGUACCCGUGAAUGGACUUUGGAUUGACAUGAACGAGGUUUCGAACUUUUGCGACGGUUUAUGCACGAUUCCAAAGGGAAGGCAAUGCCCUACUGGUUACGGUCCAGGUUGGAUUUGUUGUUUGGAUUGCAAGAACAUAACGAAAACACGAUGGGACGAUCCGCCUUACAAGAUAAACGCUUCGGGUUCUCAAGUGUUAAUUGGAUACAAAACUAUAGCCACUAGUGCCACACACUAUAACGGGGUACUCGAAUAUGAUGCUCAUAGUAUUUACGGGUUCUCGCAAUCCGUUGCCACUCACAAAGGUCUUCUCGCUAUCGAGGGAAAACGCCCUUUUAUACUAUCCCGAUCCACAUUUGUUGGUUCGGGUCACUAUGUUGCUCAUUGGACGGGUGAUAACAAGGGUACUUGGAAGAAUCUAAAGUACUCGAUUCCCACUAUGCUCAACUUUGGUAUCUUCGGUGUACCGAUGGUGGGAUCGGAUAUAUGCGGUUUCUAUCCAGCCCCGACGGAAGAGCUAUGCAACCGUUGGAUCGAGCUAGGCGCUUUCUAUCCAUUCUCAAGGGAUCAUGCAAACUUCUUCUCGCCAAGACAAGAGCUUUAUCAAUGGAAAUCCGUGGCCAUAUCGGCUAGAAACGCAUUAGGUAUGAGGUACAAGCUUCUCCCAUACUUGUAUACUUUGACAUACGAGGCUCACGUCACGGGCGCGCCUAUCGCUCGACCAUUGUUCUUCUCGUUCCCAAACAUAACCGAGGUUCACGGUCUAAGCACACAAUUUCUAUUGGGAAAAAGCCUCAUGGUUUCCCCUGUUCUCAACAAGGCUAAAACGGUUGUCAAGGCAUUGUUCCCUCCCGGGACAUGGUAUAGUCUAUUCGACAUGACGCAGGCUUUCAUAACGAAAGAACCACACUACCUCACACUCGACGCGCCUCUACACGUGAUCAAUGUCCAUCUUUAUCAAAACACAAUCCUCCCCAUGCAGAGGGGAGGAUUGAUUUCGAAGGAAGCAAGAAUGACACCUUUUAGCCUUGUGGUGACUUUCCCAUCCGGAGCCACCUCGGGCGAGGCUAAAGGAAGCCUAUAUCUAGACGAUGAUGAACUUCCCGAGAUGAAACUAGGAAAUGGAUACUCCACUUACAUAAACUUCUACGCAGCCGCGGAUAAUGGGAUGGUUAAGAUAUGGUCGGAUGUUCAAGAGAGUAAAUACGCGUUGGAGAAAGGGUGGAUUAUCGAGAAGGUGACGGUUUUGGGAUUGAAGGGGAUUGGAGGAUCGGUUGGGAUCGAGGUCGAGGGUGAGGAAGUUGUGGAGAUGUCGGGAUUGCAGUUAAGCGAGGAAGAUCAUAUAUUUCCGAGUAAACUUGAAGAUGGUUCGGAUAAGGUGAAGAGCAAGAUGGUGGAGAUAAAAGGUUUGGAAUUGGCAUUGGGCAAGAAGUUUACAAUGUCAUGGAAAAUGGAAUGAUAGGUAAAGAGAGUGAUGAGUGAUUAAAGAUUUGCUCAUCCUUCUUUAACAUGCUUUUGCUUUCAUUGAGGGUUUAGGAGGGUUAGGGUUUAUUACAUUUUGUUGUUGUUGAUGCUCAUGUUUCUUCCUGUUUUUCAACAUUAAUAAACACUUUCUUCCAUUCUA